AUGGCUUCUGUCACCCAUCGCGCAUCGGAUCUCAGGAUGACCUAUUUUGAGGACACGGAACAGGGUAUCGAUGACUUCGAGGAUGUUGAGUAUGAUAAACGGACACCGUUGGACAAGACUAUUGAUAGGAUUGGGAUGGGGAGUUAUCAAUGGACGUUGCUGUCAUUAUGCGGGUUCGGAUGGAUGGCAGAUAAUAUGUGGAUUCAAGCUGUUGCAAUAAUUCUCCCUAGAGUACAACAACAUUAUUCAGUUCCUGACAACUACAUCGGGACUCUUUCAUCGUCCAUGUUCGCCGGCAUGAUGUUCGGUGCUGUGGGCUGGGGAACCUGCUCCGACCUCCUAGGGCGCAGUGCUGCAUUUAACGCGACACUCUUUUUCACCGCGUUAUUCGGUAUCCUCUCGUCGUUUGCAUGGUCGUUUUCGUCAUUGUGUAUCCUCCUAUUCUUCCUUGGUAGCGCAGUUGGUGGUUCAAUGCCAACUGAUGGCACCCUUCUUCUCGAACAUAUGCCUAACGGGAAGCAAUAUCUCGUCACGGCUCUUUCCGUAUUUUUCUCACUCGGCUCCGUUCUAUCCGCGGGCGUUGCAUUAAUAGUCAUCCCUUCUCGUUCAUGUCCCCCUAACAAGCCCUGCGAUGUCGUUACUCAGAAUACAGGCUGGAAAUUCAUGCUCGUAUCCCUUGGUGUCAUCACACUUUCGAUGUUUCUCGCACGCAUGGUCUUCUUCCGAUUGCACGAGUCUCCGCGGUACCUCGUACACGCUGGUCGUCACCAAGAAGCACUAGAAAGUCUCCAGCUCAUUUCCAGGUUCAAUGGCUCCGAGUUACCAAUAGAGCUACAAGACGUCGAUGACAGGCCUCCACCCAUCUCCGAAGCACACGCGUCUGCAGGGGAGCGCAUCCUCACACAAAUAGCGAGACGUUGUUUCGAUGCAUGUGCAGAUAGCAGCAGCACUUCGAGCGAUCAGAACGCGACAAAAGUCUACCAGUCGAUGGACGAAGCUACUCACGAUGCAUUAGAUGGACAUUUGUUCAUAACUCCCGUUGGCGAGGUCCCUGCCCGCGGACAAAGCCUUGCGCGCGGGCAUCACUCUCACUCUUCCUCUCGAGACUCAGUGUCCGAACCAAAAGUCCUUUUGUCCACUCCCGAAGCGCGCCCGCGGUCUGGCCAAAAAAUUAUACACUCACGGCCGUCAUCUGUAAUGUCUUUUGAGAUGAAACAGCGUGUUGGGAGCGUGUUGCCUAGAUGGGCGCGUCGACCACUGCUUGCAUGGCUAGACCGUGUCGGCAUGGUCUUGGCCCCCGAGUGGUUCCGGACGACGGUACUCAUGUGGGGCGUGUGGUUCUUUAUGUCAUUAGCUUACACGAUGUUUAAUGUCUACCUCCCCAAGCUGCUCGAAACUGGGUCGAGUGAUGAUACUUCGACCAAGUCUCUAGAACAUAGCUUGUGGGAUGUUUUAAUAUUUACGCUGGGAGGAUGUCCCGGUGCCAUCCUUGGAGCCUAUAUGGUUGAAAGUCCUCUUGGUCGGCGGGGCUCGCUGGCUGUGACCACGUUUGUUACGGCGUUCUUCUGUGUCGUAUUCGUGCUUGUCAGAAGCGCGCUUUUGGUGCGCGUGAGUUCGGUGGGGAUCAGUCUUAGUGCGACGACCAUGUAUGCUGUAUUAUAUGGUUGGACACCAGAAAUAUUCGGCACCAAGGUCCGGGGAACAGCAUGUGGCAUUGCAUCCGCGCUAUCACGAAUAGGCGGAAUGAUUGCUCCUCUGCUCGGUGGUGUACUUCUAGUCUUGAACCGCGGGAUCCCAGUGUGGACGAGCGUCGUCGUAUAUGCCAUCACCGGCGUAUUUGUGCUGCUCUUACAUGAGUCUGCUGGGAACAUUAGGGGUGCAGAGCGGUCGUUUGUCCAUUGA